UUCAUUUGAGAGUUUGAGCAUUUUCUCUCUUUGUUCGGAGAUACAGAGGGCAUCCUAAUUCAAAUUCUCUCCUGCUAUUGAAUUGCUGAACAAUCGAGAAAUCUCAAUGGAGAUUGAAGAAGUAGCAGAUGAUAGAGUUGCAGAAACGGCACAGCAAAUUGUAAGAUCUCUUGGUACCUCCGAAAACGAGACCAAUGAUAUGCUCAGAAUCCUCUCCAACUUCGACAGCCGCUUAUCUUUCAUGAGCCCAACCGCGCAUGGAAGGAAGGAUUUGUUUUCACUCAGUUUUUCCGCAGCAGAGAAUCUGAUUUCCAAAUGGGACAUCAAUUCUACAAACAAAAUUCUGUUCCAGAGCGGUGCAGAAGAAGUCCUUGUGUACAUGGACAUAGUCGAAAAUCUGCAACACUUGAUGCAGCAUUUGUCCGCCGGCGGCAACGCCUCUGCAGAUCUCAUCCGUGCUCAGCGACUGAUGAAAAUGGCGAUGGCCCGUCUGGAGAAAGAGUUUCACAAAAUUCUGUUAUCUAACAGCGAGGCGAUCAAUCCAGAGCGAUGGUUGUCGACAUGCCCGUCGGUCCAUUCGAGCAUAGAGGACAGCGUCUCUAGAUCUAUCCGCUCCUCCGAAGACGGCAGCGGCCAAUUUACGGACAACAGUUCGUUAAUUGACAGAAUUCUCGAAUUCGACACGGUGCCGUUGGACGCCGUGGCGGAUUUGAGAAGCAUAGCGGAGAUCAUGGCGAAGACAGGGUACGGGAGGGAAUGCGUUCGAGUCUUCGUUCUCAACAGAAAGUCCGUGGUGGAAGAAAGUCUGUACAAUCUUGGCGUUGAGAAGGUGAAAUUGAGCGAUGUGCGGAAAAUGAAGUGGGAAUUGCUGGAUGAAAAGAUCAAGAAAUGGAUUUACACUGCCAAAAUCAGCAUCCGAGUUGUGUUUUGUAGGGAGAAGCAGCUUUGUGAUGAUGUGUUUGAGGGGAUGAAUAAGAUGAGAGAUGCUUGUUUUGCAGAAAUCGCCAAGGAGGCCACAACCAGGCUUCUCGCCUUCGCAGAAGCCGUGGCCGCCACCAGCCGGACGCCCGAAAGGAUCUUCAGGGUUCUUGAUCUGUAUGAAACCCUAACCGAUCUGAAACCUGAGCUGGAGGCCAUUUACUGUCAAGAUAUUUUCAGAAGCGUGCAUGAAUUGGCCGGCGGGAUUCUUUUCCGGCUGCGAGAGGCGGCGAAGGGGAUGUUAGCAGAAUUUGAGAAGGCGCUUGAGAAAGAUUAUUCCAAGACCCGAAUUGCUGGCGGGACUAUUCAUCCUCUCACCAGAUACACAAUGAAUUAUCUCUCUUUUCUAUCUGAAUACAGGGAAACUUUGAUAAAUAUAACGGCAGAUGCGCCGGAGAAGAUUACAAAGGAUCUCCCUGAGGAAUUCGCCAUUGAUGAUGAGCUUCUCGGUCCCUCCGCCCCUUUGUCCAUCCGUCUGGGAUGGAAGAUUUUCCUCCUCUUCUGUAAGCUCGACACAAGAUCCGAUCUUUACAAAGAUGUGGCACUGUCGUAUCUGUUUCUCAUGAAUAAUCUUCACUACAUAGUCCAGAAAGUGAAUGACUCGGAGCUCAAAUAUAUGCUGGGGAAGGAGUGGGUGAGAAAACAGUGGAAUAAGGUGAGGCAUUAUGCAGUGAAUUAUGAGAGGGCUGUUUGGGGGAAAGUGAUGUCGUGUCUAGCAGACCAGGGAUCUCUUGCUAAUGGCGGCUCUGUCGGCGGGGAGGAUUUGAAAGAGAGAUUAAAGGAUUUCAAUUUGGCAAUGGAGGAGGUGAAGAAAAGGCAUGGCGGAUGGGUGGUGCCUGAUGUCAGCCUGCGAGAGAAGCUCGUGGCUGCAAUCAUGGAGCAGUUGAUACCAGACUACGCUUCUUUCCUUGAGAGAUACAGGACUCGAUUUCAAAGCGACUUGUACGUCAAAUACACAGCUGAAGAACUGCAAGAUUUUGUGUUGGACAUGUUCAAAGGCAGUCCGUCGGCCAGAUCCAUGUGACUGGUUUAUUUAAAGUCCUAUAUUUGUCCCUUUCACAGGCGAGGCCAAAAACCUACAGUGUGAAAAGUUUUUUUAACUAAAUAUGUUGUAAAUUAUGACUGGUUAGAUGUAAGAAGAGAAAAUGUCAAUUAAAACUGCCUAAGGUCCAUAGGAUGACUUGUGGUCCCUAAAAAUGGACAUUGCACGGUUGACUUUGAAGUAAUUUGAAAUUAUAA